UUUAUCAGAAAUACGUCUGGUCACCAGUUAACUAGUAAACAGUGCGACACAAUGUCGCUGUUUCGCUGUGUAUCAAAAUCAUCAAAUUUAAGCAUUUUUCGGAGGUGCAUCGCUACUUCAUCAUGGAGAACUUUAAAAGAGGGAGCACAAGAAACCAGAGUUGACACUGUGAAGGAAAAGAGCAUGGACAUCACCACAGUGUCGGGCAUCCCUGAGGAGCACAUCAAGACCCGCAAGGUCCGUAUCUUCAUCCCUGCCAAGAACGCCAUGCAGUCGGGUACCAACAAGACCCACCAGUGGAAGAUGGAGUUUGAUACCAGGGAGAGAUGGGAGAACCCCCUCAUGGGCUGGGCAUCCACGGCUGAUCCACUUUCCAAUAUAGCACUGUCAUUUGGAUCCAAGGAAGAGGCUGCAAGUUUUGCUGAGAAGAAUGGAUGGUGGUAUGAGAUUGAGGAACUCCCAGCCAAAACCAUGAGACCCAAGUCAUACGGUGCCAACUUCUCCUGGGAUAAAAAGACGAGAGUUUCCACAAAGUAGAGAUAAUAAACUAGUUAGCCAGUAUCAUUAAAUUAUUCCAAACUAGGUCAUUUAGGGAUGUUCAGAUUGAAUGUGUAAAGAAAACCAGUCAGGUAUUGUUUGCGCCACAGGUGAUUUUCAUAAUGUCACAGGACUUUUCACAUGUUAGGAAUGUUUGUUACAUUUCACUGGCAAUGCGUGUCUAAAUGGGGAUACACGCUUUUACUUCUUUGAAAAGCUAUGCCAGCUGUUCAAACAUAGGAAUGUUUACCCGUGUGCAUGCAUGCGUAUGUUAUGUUGGCACAAUGUGAUUAGCCUGUCCCAUGUCCCUUUUAAAAUAAAUCAAAUUUAUAUCGGAUUUGACCUACCCUCAACUUUACUCCAGUGUUUAUGUUUUGCACCCAUUUUUAUAUUCAGAAAUAGCCUCCCCUAGUCCCCUUAAAUGAUUUACUAGGACCCUUCCUCACUCUUGCAAAAUCCAACACCAUAUGGUAAACUCUACACCCAAAUUGUUGGACUCUGAUUAUGGUAAACUCUACACCCAAACUGUUGGACUCUGAUUGUGGUGGUAUGCCUGACUCCAUGUGCAUGAUCAGUUUACUACUGCAGUACUCACUCCAACAUAUUCCAACAAAACAUACAGUUUGAUUUUGAAGGGUUGGGGUGGUUGAUAAUCACAUUUUUUGUUGGGGGGGGGGAGGGGGAGAAUUGAUUUGUAAGACACGAACAAGAUAUUUUAGUGUGACCUGACGUAAACCUAAAAUGUCCCCCAAAAUGAUUAAUUUGUCCCCUAUAAGAAUGGUAAUAAGUGAGCAGCAUAGUUGGCUUUUAUCUGGAAACAGUGUGUUUUACGAUCAUUGUAAAUAAAUAGUUGAUAUGUUGAAAUUAAAAAUCUGGGAGUUAUGUUUUUGAUGA